CCGGGGCGACGGGGUUGGGGGGGCGAUGCUGCUUUGGGUGAAUUCCAGUCGCAGUCGGACUCCGCCGGUGUUACAUUUGUGAAGUUAUCUUCUGGAUAUAUUACGCUUUCACUUCACAAUAUUGAAUCCCGGCUCCUGCUGUUGUUGUUUCUCCCCCCCCACCCCCCCCCUUUUUUUUUUUUUUUCUUUUUUUUCCGUUUUGCCUGGAAGAGGCGGGGAGCCGGGGAGCCGCGGGGUGGGGGGACCGUCGGCCGGGGCUGCGAGGAGGAGCAGGCGAGGAGGACCGUGUUCUUCUCGCUCAGGCCGGUCACCCCCAAGCUCAAAACCCCACCGGAGACACCCCCGACACCCGACCCCCCUGGUGGAUCCAGUCCCCGGGUCGUGGGGGAGCGUGAACCCGCUUAUAACCAACCCGCCUCGCCUUGCUCGCCUCGCCGCGGCGCCGCAUUAGCAGCUGUCACGGGCUAUUACGGAGCAGCCAGUCCUCGGAGUUAAUGCCGCACACUGCUGGGGUCGGGACACAUCGCUCGGAUCCAGUCGAGGUUUAGACUGGCUUGAGGAGGCUGCAGGCAGGGCGGCCAGAACAGCCCCGGAUCGCCCGCUGACAGGUCGUCAUCAUGGGCAACGCGCCCACGGCCAGGAAGGGCAGCGAGAUGGAAAGCGUCAAGGAAUUUCUUGCUAAAGCCAAAGAGGACUUCCUCAAAAAGUGGGAGAAUCCUGCACAGAACACUGCUGGCCUGGAGCAGUUUGAGAGGUUGAAAACCCUGGGCACGGGCUCAUUUGGCCGAGUUAUGCUGGUGAAGCACAGAGAAACGGGACAGCAUUAUGCCAUGAAGAUCCUCAAUAAGCAGAAGGUUGUGAAACUCAAGCAGAUAGAGCACACUCUGAAUGAGAAGAGGAUUCUUCAGGCUGUCAGCUUCCCUUUUCUUGUGCGGUUAGAGUACUCAUUCAAGGACAACACUAACCUCUACAUGGUGAUGGAGUAUGUACCAGGCGGAGAGAUGUUCUCCCAUCUACGAAGAAUUGGCAGAUUUAGUGAGCCGCAUGCUCGGUUCUAUGCUGCUCAGAUCGUUUUGACUUUUGAGUACCUGCACGCUUUGGACCUGAUCUACAGAGACCUGAAACCUGAAAACCUGCUCAUAGACCAACAGGGCUACAUACAGGUCACAGAUUUUGGCUUUGCCAAACGUGUAAAGGGCCGGACCUGGACACUGUGUGGCACCCCAGAAUAUUUGGCCCCAGAGAUUAUUCUCAGCAAGGGGUAUAACAAGGCAGUGGACUGGUGGGCGCUAGGGGUCCUCGUCUAUGAGAUGGCAGCUGGAUAUCCACCUUUCUUUGCUGAUCAGCCCAUUCAGAUCUAUGAAAAGAUCGUCUCAGGGAAGGUGCGCUUCCCGUCUCACUUCAGUUCAGACCUGAAGGACCUCCUGAGGAACCUGUUACAGGUGGAUCUCACAAAACGCUACGGGAACCUAAAAAACGGAGUCAAUGACAUCAAGGGACACAAGUGGUUUGCAACAACGGACUGGAUUGCCAUCUACCAGAAAAAGGUGGAAGCUCCCUUCAUCCCAAAGUUCAAAGGACCAGGCGACACCAGCAACUUUGACGACUAUGAGGAGGAGGAGAUUCGCGUCUCCUUCACUGAGAAAUGUGCCAAGGAGUUUGCUGAGUUCUAGAGUUAGAGAGCAAGAGAAGAAGAAAGAAGUAGGGAGAGUCGGAGGUAGGCUGGUCAUGUGGGAGACGCAAGGAGAAAGUACUGUCUCCUGUCUAAACACAAGCACCAGCUACAAAAAAGAGAAAAAAUAUAUUGGGAUAGGCAGGAAAAAGAAAGAGGAGACCUGAUAACCAGCAGUGUUGCCUUUUUUGUUGCAUUUCUGUUGUAUUUUAUUUAUUAUUCUGUCUUAUUUAUGAAUCCCUUUAUAAUGAAGCUGUGUUCCGUGGGUGUCGAGAACCCCACUAACUUAGAGUUGUCUCGACAUAUUUUCACCCCAGAUCUUCUCUUUUCUCUAAAUAGUUCAUUCACGUUUUAUUCAUUUUUGUGCCACAACAUGUAGAAAUGAGCCAGUCUGUUGUGAUUCACUCCAGUCUGUUGGCUAUCCCAUGAGGCCAGUGAAUCUGCACAAACGUUUCUUCAAGCUAAACUGAUAACUGGCUAACUCGCUCUUUGCUUGACACGCCACACACACACACACACACACACACACACACACACACACACACACACACACGUACACACACAUAUAUAUCAAGAUAAUUGCCCAUAUGUUUAGCAGUUUUUAAUCUUAGUUCUUCUCUCAUUUUUACACGCUUACCAUCCCAUAUCAUAUGUGAAAAAAAUUUAAGACAUGAUAUCAUGUCACGCUAACAAACAAAGAAAUAUGAAUAAGGGAACGGAAUUAACUCAGUUUUUAAUGGUGUUGUACAAAAUACCGAAACAUAAUGGAAAACUCAGGUUUGAACAUAUCACUUAAUAGACAUUUAUCUCCAUAAAGCCUAAGGAUCAGCUGGUAAAUUGCUGAUCUAUAUUUGGGAAUUUAAAGCUCUAGUUAAAUUUAAAAAGGGAAAAAAAAGGGACAAUUUAGACUUUUGGUUAGUGUCUUCCAUGGUUUUCCCUUCCAGAAGAUUUAAUUUAGCUAACUUGAAAAGUCCUUUCUUUCAUAAAAGCACUUCCUGUCUCAGCUUAAAGCUCACUUACUCCUCAAGAUGACGCUGCUUUUUGAAUCAAAACGCCAGGCCCUCGACUCUGACUAAAAGAAACCAUCGGAGGCAGACUACCUCAAACUGCUUCUGGCUGGUGGUCAUCAGCACUUGGACCAGUCACGCACGGCAGUCUGAAUAGUGUGCUUUAUGUCGCUGCCCCCUCUAGCCGCCGCCCAGCCCUUUUUCUUCAUAUCACUCGCACAGCAGGACCACGCUCCAUGUGACAGUCUGACGUAUGAUAGCAACUUUGUCGUUAUUGUCUCGACUACGUGUGCACUUUUUGCUACAUUUGGUAUUGUGGGGUGCUGAUGAUUUAAAGAUGACUGGUACUCCACUGAACGGUUUACAGAAGGAUAGAGCACAUGGAGGUGAAUGGAGCUGCAUCUGAGGAGAGGCAAAAAUGUUCUUCAUGCACGUCACAUAGCCUGUCAAUUUAAAUGAUAUGAGAAAUCGCACCUCGGAUGUUCAGCGUGUCUGGUUAAUAACCCAUGACGGCGGAGUUGUUACUAAGCAAAAUGAUGGCCGUUGUAGGAUCUGUUCAUUGACAAUGUAUAAAAUCAAACCAAGUGACUGAUCUCGACUUCAGAUGUUUAAAUGCCUUCUUUAUCUGUAAUUUGAAGUGCCACUAUAAUGACGGUAUGUCAAUUUGGUUAAAACAGGCACCGAUGUUCUCUCUUUCAUCAUUUUAGCUCCAGAUAUUUUUGGUUGUCACGGAUCCUUCCUGUCUAAAACGACUCCGAAAUAGAAAAAGACGACAAGCUUUUUGUCAGAGUUACAAUUUUGUAAUGUGUAAUUGUUUGUGUGAAUCAUUUGCAAUAUGGAAUGAUAUUUGAACCGAACCGACAUGAAGGAAUUGGGGCUGUUCAGUUUCACAUCAGUCUCCACAGCCACGUGCAUCUGCUGCGAGAGCCCCAGACCUCCACUGAACACUGGUCCCCCUAUCUGUACGUGGCCCAGAUUUACAGUGUGGUUAUUUGAUUUAAAUUUGAUUUAAAUACAGAUAUAUUGAUAUUGAAGCACAGUAUUAAAGUAUACAGCGACGGGCUUGAAAGACCACCUCAGUGAUUCAUCAUUACCAGAAGUAAAACUUGCAGCAGAAACUGAAAUAUCUUAUUUGUGCCUUGUGUGGGUCUAGAUUCAAAAAUACUCAAUCAAAAUUCUCCUACUUUUGCGACUUGGAAGUUUGAAAUGCGGACAGUCUGUUAAAAUGUUGGGGCAUGUAUGAGUAUUGGCAUAUUUUUAAUUGUUUUUUUUUUCUUUAACAAGGGAUGUCUAUCUACGGUUCCCAUACUUAAACAGAACAAGUUAGCCUGAGGGGAUCAUUUCCACGAAUAAAAAUAAGACCAUUUUUAUCAAUUCUGUUGACAUAGCAUGUUAAAUAUGCAGAAACAGAGUUGUACGGAUGCAGGCGUGAAUAAUUCCAUAAUGCAACAUCAAAUAUCUCGAUUAAUUAUGUGGUAGACCGUAGUUUAGGGGAACCCUUCGAAAGCAGUCUAAAAGGGAGCAUGGACCUAAAUCUGCUUGUUUUAUGUAUUUAUUUAUUGUUAAGAGUGGUUGUAUGAAGUAUUUACGAGUACUUGGUGUGCUUACCUGGUGACUGCAGAAAUUUGGAAACAUUUGGAUUUAUAAUAUGGUACCUUUGGUAGAUAGAUGCCAUAUUGUGCACUUAGAGCUUGCGUAACAGCAGCGUUGCACCAGACAGUUACACAGACUAUAUGAUAAAGAAAAUGUGGUGACAAACUUAAAUAACAGGGACGUGGUAUAAAAAUAUCUCAGAGUUUGUGCAAAGCACAAUGAAAUGAGGUUUGAGUUGUUUCACUGAUUUCUCUUUUGGGUGCUAUUUAAGACACCAACUACUUCUAUGUUUUGAACAUAACCCAUCUUUUGAAAAAAAUAAGAAUGAAAUAUGUCCUAAACAAGGGAAAAUGAAAAUAUCCCUUUUCAGACUUCAUAUUGUGCUCCAGUGUUAAGACAUUCCCAAACCAGUGUGGUUACAUUAAUAUGUACUGGUACAUUAAAAAGGGGCUUCUUAUGUAAAUUAGUGUCACACAAGGCUGAUAUUUCAUGUUGAGGGUUUAACUUCUGGCCUUUGCUUCCAACCAUUUCUUCUAAAGGGAAACUGCUAAAAAGUCCAAAUUUGAUUGCUGUCAAGCUGAAGUCAAAAUCUUAUUGCAGAUCGAUGAUGUUAAUGCUCCAAUAGUCAUGAGCUGAUAUGUACGGACUUCCUAUCAUUCACAUGUGGAAACUUCACAUUCCUGUAUUUCCUUCAUGUCAGGUUCAGUGUUGAUAAGUCCCGGACAAAAAUGUUUAAAGUUAUGAUACACUAUGAUGAAAGUGUCUCCUCAGUGUUUUUUGCAGUGAUUCAACUUCCUCUGAGUGCAGGCGCGGUUGCUGGUACACGUUUUAGAGAAACAAGAGCCCAGUAUGAACCAUGUAAUCCCCCUCCAAACACACACACAGAAACACACGCGAGACACAGCCACAAAGGGAAGCGUCUAAAGUCACGGGAACAGUGACAUAAAAACACAAAGUGUAAUAUUUUGCAACAUGAGUAUCAUUCAAAUAAAGUUUUACUUGUAAAAUUC